AUGGAAGGUAAUACAUCUGCGCAAGGGUUUGAGAGUCUCAGGAUCUCAGACUCCGACAUUAUCAUCGCCGUCCUAGGCAUCACUGGGUCAGGCAAAAGCACAUUUAUUCAAACUCUCACACACGUAGACACCGGCAUCGGGAACAGUCUGGCCUCGGAGACGACCCAAAUUGGUAUAUACAGUUACUACGAGGAGAGCGGGCGGCGCGUGUACCUAGUCGAUACCCCCGGCUUUGACGAGGCGGUCCGCUCCGAUGUUGACGUGCUUGAGGAGCAGAUCUUCUUCUUCAGCCAGCUCUUCAGAGCGGGCGCGCCACUGGUGGGCCUAGUAUAUAUGCACUCAAUCAGCAAGAACCGCAUCGGGGGAUCUAGUGUGAAGAAUUUCCGAAUGCUAGAGCAGAUGUGCGGCCCCCACGCCCUAGACCGCGUGGUCCUUCUCACGACCAUGUGGGACCAAAUCGAGCCUGGACAUGCCCAGCAGACUCUAGCCCUCCAGAGGCAUCGGGAACUCACCAAAGACAAGCAGUUCUGGGGGAACAUGGUUUGUCAUGGCAGUCGGGUUAUGCAGUUUGACGGCGGGAAACCGUCAGCGCAGCGAGUCAUCGAGGCUCUGGCGACCAAGUACGCUCAAGACGGGCCGGUAGUGUUGCAAAUACAACGCGAGAUUGUGGUGGAGAAGAAGGAUACAUGGAACACUUCAGCUUCCAGGGAAGUCGCCCGAGAUUUGGUUCGCAUCAAGGGCGAUGCCAAAAGAGAAUUGGCCAAUCUUGAAAAGGUCGAAAGACAGCCACGUUCCGGGGCGGCCUCGCUUAUUGCCGAAGAAAAGGCUGCACUGGAGCAAAAGGUACAGAAUGUUGCUGAAGCCGAACGACGGCUCCUCACUCGGUUUGAGGAUAUCUCUUAUCAGAAAGAAGCACGAUUUGCGCAGCUCAUGGAUGAGAGGAAUCGCGAGUACCAGUCACUACUGCAACAACUUCAACACGCAGAAUUGAAAAUCGAACGUCUUGAGCAAGAGAGGCAAGAGAGCACCGCCAUCUACGAGUCAUACCAAUCAGAGCAAUACGAGACACAAUCCUACUACAGUCGUUCUUCAUAUGACGAAUCGUUUAGAAGCUCGUACGAACAAGACCAGCAGCUAAUCCGAAAGAGUCAGACGGAGCUCGACAAAGGCGUCAAGGCCAAGAAGCGGAAAAAGUUGCUGAUCCAGAAUAUUGUCCCCAUGCUGCAGAUUCUAGGCGGAAUCGGCUGCGUCGCGGGGGGCGCCGCGACCAUGGCCAUCCCCAUUGCCGCCGUGGGCGCGACCAUGAUAACCUCGGGGGCAUCUGGGUUGCGAUUCAGUACUAAAGACAAGGAGAAACCCACCCCAGUGGAGAGCGCUGACACCGACACAUCGUGA